AAAUAUGAGAGAGACGCAGAUUCCAUCGUCGUUAAUCGUCACAGCAGCUUAUUUCCGUCUUCAAAUGACGUGACAUCGAAUACUUGAUCUUCGUGUGUCUCUCACGCGUUUUUCUUUAGCAAUGAAUUUUCGUUUCGGCUUGGUAGUGAUCUUCGUGAUCCUUGAUGUGGUUUCCGUCUGGUCCACCGAUAAUGGCACUUCGAAGGAGAAGGUUCAACUGAGUUUCGGCAUCGCGACAAACCCUUUUCUCCAAUCGUCCAAUUCAAAUCGUCCCAAUAUUCAAAACAAUCCUUUCCUAUAUCCAUCAAAUGGUAACAGAAUCGAAAAGCCAUUCUUGUCAAAUGCUGUUUCAACACAGACAUCCAAUAUAGUCUUUCCCAAUAAUAGCUAUAAUCCCUUUCCUAAUAGCAAUGCGAAUCCUUUUCUGUCGAACUUGCGUAACUCUACUAGAGAAAUACUUGAUAUAGAGUAUCCUAGUUCACCAAGUUCUGUUUCGCAAACACCUUACACACCACCACCAUCCUACCAUCCAUCAACAUUUAAUAUACCAGUAUUUAAUACAUCAGCACCGAAUAAUGAUUUUACAUUUCAUACGCCUAUUCCUCCUAAAAUUCAUCCUCCAACUUCACACGUACCAUCCUGGAAGGAACUGUUACCUUCUAAGAUCAAUCCAGAAAAAACGAUAUCAGAACUUAAGUGCGAGGAAUACGUGGGAGAAAUUGCUGGUACGACUUUGACAACAUCUUUGGCCGGUUUAUCGUCGGGCGUACGUAAGGAGAUUAAUACUUGCGGGGGUGCAAAUCGCUUGGUGAUUGGUGGUACCGACGCACGUGUCGACGAGUUCCCUCACAUGGUUGCACUAGGCAAACGCAAUUUUGACGAAUUUAUUCUAAUGUGCGGCGGCACGUUGAUUUCACAUGCCUGGGUGAUUUCCGCUGCUCAUUGCACUCAUGGGACAGAUGGCGGUAUAACUGACGCAAGGAUUGGCUUCCACAGUUUAUCAGACCAGAAAGGCGUCAUAACUGUCAUUAAAGAUAUAAAAACUCAUCCGGAUUACAGACCACCUGCAAUGUAUGCGGAUAUAGCUCUGGUACAGCUCAUGACCGUUGUUAAGUUUAGCAUAUCUAUACGACCCGCGUGUCUUUAUCAAUUAUUCGAUACUAUGCCCAGACAGGCUUGGGUGAGCGGCUGGGGUGUCACCGAAUAUAGUGGAGAGAUGAGCGAUCGAUUACAAAAGGCUAAGCUGGAUGUGAUAGACAAUCUGCCGUGUGCAAUACGGCAUAACAGUUCCAUAGAAGUUCCAUACGGUAUCACACCAAGUAUGAUUUGUGCUGGCGAUCCUAGCGGCAACUGGACCAGGGACACUUGCCAAGGAGAUUCCGGUGGUCCUCUCCAAAUAGUUCAUCCUAAGAGUGAAUGCCUCUUCCAACUGAUUGGUGUCACUAGUUUUGGUAAAGCCUGCGCGAUGAUCGAUAUUCCUGGUGUUUAUACUAGAGUGUCUCAUUAUCUUUCGUGGAUCGAAAGUAUAGUCUGGCCGCAAGGACAAUAAUCGUAAUUUAUUCGACUUUUACGAAAGCGAAAGAAUUUAUAAAUGAAUAUAUUUGAACAAUCUGCAAUUCUGACUAGAAUAUUGGAAAGUAAGAAUAGAGAAAUCACAAG